GAAGAGGAGGAGAAGGAAGAAGAGGAAGAGAAGGAGGAAGAGGAGGAAGAGGAGGAGGAGGAGGAAGAGGAGGAGGAAGAGAAGGAGGAGGAGAAGGAAGAGGAGGAGGGGGAGGAAGAGGAGGAGGAAGAGAAGGAGGAGGAGAAGGAAGAGGAGGAGGGGGAGGAGGAGGAUGAGAAGGAAGAGGAGGAAGAAGCGAAGGAGGAGGAAGAAGAGGAGGAAGAAGAGAAGGAGGAAAAGGAGUAG